CACGACAGUCAAUACCCCUUGCCUUGCCGCUGCUCGCGUGUCUCCUCGUCCAACCUACAAGCUAAAAAUGCUGUAAGGGAAUGUGUCGUGCUAGUUCCAGCGAGUGGCUGGCCCUCCACCCGCCACGAUCGCAUCGCGGCUCCCGACAAGUUCAUCUCCGCCUACCAGACAGCCGCCGCCGCAGCAAAAGUCCGUUUCUCGAGCCGCGCACUCGAUCCCUCCCUUCCCGUCCUGUCGCGACGAAGUCAUAUCCGUCAAUGCUUUGUUUCUACCAAAAAAUAGGGUUUGCCAAGUCGAGAAUACCUGCAUCUUGAACAUUGGAUGACGUCUACGAUUUGGAAUCCGUAGAAGAGUCUUGCCCAGCAGUCUUUAUGCUCAAGAAUCGCAGAGUGAGUCUGUGAGCCAAGGCGCAACUAUCACAAACCAAAGAGACUAGUGUUUUGCUGCAAGCCUUAACGGUAGAAGA